UUUAAAAAGUUGCUGAACAAAUUUGGGUUGGACAAGAUCUAUGAGGGUCAGGUGGAAGUGACUGGUGAUGAAUACAAUGUAGAAAGCAUUGAUGGGAAGCCUAGUGCUUUCACCUGCUAUCUUGAUGCUGGACUUGCCAGAACCACCACAGGCAACAAAGUCUUUGGAGCUUUGAAAGGUGCAGUUGAUGGCGGCCUGUCUAUUCCACAUAGCACCAAGCGAUUUCCUGGUUAUGACUCUGAAAGCAAGGAGUUCAAUCCUGAAGUUCAUCGUAAACACAUCUUUGGGUUGAAUAUAGCAGAAUACAUGCGUUACCUAAUGGAUGAGGAUGAGGAUGCUUAUAAGAAGCAAUUUUCUCAGUACAUCAAGCAUGGAGUCACAGCGGACAAGAUAGAAGAUUUGUACAAGAAAGCCCAUGCUGCCAUCAGACAAAACCCUGUUCAUGAAAAGAAGCCCAAGAGAGAAGUCAAGAAAAAGAGGUGGAACCGUCCUAAGAUGUCAUUGGAACAGAGAAAGGAUCGUAUUGCUCAAAAGAAGGCCAGCUUCCUCAGGGCACAGGAACAGAAUGGCGACAGUUGAACGGUUGCCUUUAGCCAUUAUUCAGAAAAACGAUAAAUCUGAUUCAUAUAAACAGCUAAAUAAAUUUAAAGAAAAACUG